AUGGCCUCCGCCGCGGGGAUCAAAACGCGAAUCUGCAUGAUCUCAGACACCCACACCACCAGCCCAUACCCUCCGCUUUCCAAGAACCACGUCUAUCGCAACCCCCUCCCAAAAGCCGACGUCCUCCUCCAUGCUGGCGAUCUCACAAAGGUCGGUUACCGCACCGAGCACGAAGAAACCGUCUCAAUGCUCAAAGCCGCCGACGCCGAGUUGAAACUCGUCAUCGCAGGCAACCACGAUAUCACCCUCGACGAAGAACACUUCCUCCGCGCCGGGUACAAACGACACCGGAAAACGGAAUACUUCGGUUCAAAAGAUAUCCCUCUCAAGAAAGACGAAGCAAGCCGCCUCGCCGCAAUCCGCGACGGCACCACGCCGCCAACCAGCGAGAUGCAGACAUACGUCCGCGACAUAAUAGACCUAUACACGAACGAAUCGGCCUACGCGGCCGGAAUCCGCUAUCUCGAUGAAGGAAUCCACACUUUCACUCUGUCGACCGGCGCCAAAUUCACCGUCUACGCCUCCCCCUACCAACCCGAAUUCUUCGGCUGGGCCUUCGCCUAUCCCCGCAACCAAGACCGCUUCAAUCCCCCCACUCCCAGGCUCCAAAGCCCCCAUGCCACAAAACCCGGGAUCCUAGACUGGGUCGGACGCGACGGGGACCGGCGUGUGGGCUGCGAACAUCUCCUACGCGCGUCGGAGCGCGCAAGACCCCGUCUCUAUGUCUUUGGGCACAUCCAUGAAGGGUGGGGAGCUGUGCGGGGCACGUAUAAUAUGUACGCCGACCGAGGCAUCAAGCAGGAGAAAGUCCCUACGGACCCCGAGGAGAUGCUGGAAAACCGGGGCGCAUAUUACGAUGUCAGCUCUGGGAGUAACCGGCCGCUGAAGUUUGGGGAUGAGACGCUUUUCGUCAAUGCGAGUAUUGUGGAUAUUGCUUAUCAGCCUAUCAAUGCGCCUUGGAUUGUGGAUAUUGAUUUGCCGAGGGGUUGA